CGGGAAAAAGUGUAGGAGAGAGAGAGAGCAACGGGCACCGGGAAAAUAGUAAUUUGCAGGACAAUCAAAAAUUUGGCACACAUUUGCCGAAAUCCCGCCUCUCUCUCACUAAAAAAAAUUGCGUCAUAAAUUUCUGAUCAUUGUCACCCCUAAUCUAUUUAACAAAAAAACCACCAUUUCAAAUCCCUUAAACUCUCUCUCUGCAAAGGUCUCGUUUUGCCUAUUCUCCGAGCUAGGGCACACGCAGCGGCCGCUGGAAUCGGGCCCCUCGCCGCUUGUUCUAUCACCUACGGUGAUUUUUCGGCGUGUUUCCGUGUUUUCCGGCUUCAAUGGCGGGUUCACCAGAGGGAGAGAAGAAAGAGGAAGAAAUUGUUAAAGGUGGGGAGCUUCUCUUCUGGGGAGGAAGCAGCUGGGAUACACUUGGUCAAAAGGUUACUGAUGCUUCUGCGAAUCUGGUUUCGCCCACAAGGCUCAGGUCGCUUCUUGGGGUCAAUAUUAGCUUUGUGGCUUCAGGAUGCGCUUCGUGCCAUUGUGUUGCUUUGGAUGUUGAUGGUCGUUGCUACACUUGGGGGCGGAAUAAGAAAGGACAACUGGGGCAUGGGGACACUGUACGACGUGAUAGACCAACAGUUGUGUCUGAAUUAUUGAAGCAUAAAAUUGUUAAGGCUGGAGCUGGUAGGAAUCAUACUCUUGUUGUUACUAGUGAUGGACAUUCCUUUGCAUUUGGUGAAAACAAGCAUGGUCAGCUGGGUUCAGGUUCUGCGAGGAAUGAAAUCGAGACGUCUCCAGUCCGUUGCCUUGUGCCUCAAGUGUCAGAUGCUGUCUGUGGGGGUGAUUUUACUGUUUGGCUAUCUUCACUCGAAGGAUCAUCAAUAUUAACUGCUGGUCUCCCAAUAUACGGUCAACUUGGGCAUGGAACUGACCAUGAGUACAAUGCCAGAGAUAGUUCUGUUAGGCUAGCUUAUGAGGCCCAACCUCGUCCACGUGCAAUUGCUUCACUUGCUGAGAAAACUAUUGUUAAAGUUGCUUGUGGAACAAACCACACAGUUGCAGCAGAUUCGAAUGGUUUUCUUUACACGUGGGGGUUUGGUGGAUAUGGAAGGCUUGGACAUAGAGAGCAGAAGGAUGAGUGGAUUCCACGUCUUGUUGAGACCUUCCAGAGGCAGAAUGUCUUGCCUCCUAAUGCCAUUGUUUCAGCUGGUUCUCAAAGUUCAGCAUGCACUGCUGGUGGCGGGCAGUUGUAUAUAUGGGGUAAAAUUAAGGCAACGGGCGACGAUUGGAUGUAUCCUAAGCCUCUCCUGGAUUUGGGUGGAUGGAAUAUACGUUGCAUGGAUUCAGGUUUCGCUCAUCAUGUUGUUGGUGCUGAUGAUUCUUGUAUAAGUUGGGGCCAAGCUCAAUAUGGAGAGCUUGGUUAUGGUCCGCAUGGACAGAAGUCCUCUGCUAACCCCAAAAAGGUUGAUAGCCUUGAGGGAAUGCAUGUUAUUAGUGCUGCUUGCGGUAUGGGUUUCUCAAUGAUUAUUGUCGAUAGAGAAAAUGCUGAUGAUCGGCUUGAACAGGUAAUCAUUUCAUAGAUAUCACAUACUCUUUAUUAAUGAUCACUUAGAUGAUAUUGUGUUUGUCUUUAUUAAAUGGUUCCAAGUAGGAGGUUAUUGCCUGUUUUUAAUUAUAGAAGAUUCAAAAAGCAUGAUCUACAGAAUUCUGGUAUAUAAUAAAUCUAAAUCCACCAUGAUGGGCUUUCACUUGGUAAAAGGAAGGAUUUGUUAUACUCAAGUUUGUGCUUUUUGAAUCUAGAACUCCAAUUGUUGUACAGACGGAGAAACUAGAGAGGAGAAUACUGGAUGCCUACUAGAUGUGUUGUCUGGAAAGAGAUGCAUACUUUUGUAUGGUUGAAUGUACGGGGAUCAUGUUAGUACUCUUCAAGGAAACGUUCCAACAUAUUUCUUCUACGUCUUUGGUUUGUCUUAUUUGUUUGGUAGUAAUAGUGCUCAAUUGUAAUACUUAUUCUCUUGGUUUCUCAGUGAAUUUGUAAGAUUAUGGGGGUCCCAAUCCCCAGACUUGACAUCUUAAGUCGCCAUUGCCCGUAAGUAUAAAGUCUAUAUGGAGUGGAGCCAUAUAAGCUCCCAACUCCUCAUCACUUUUGGUUUUAGGGGUUUCACCCAAAAAAAAAAAGUAUUUAUAAAAUUGUAAAUUAUAACUCUAUUCCCCAACCAGUGCCAACCUGAGGCCAUUUUUCAUCACUCCCCUGUUUGGCUACUGGAUCUAUCACUUGUUUGCAGGUCUCUGGGUGCAUUUCUUUUUCAUGCAUAUCUAGAGGAAGAAGAGAUCAUGCUUGAGGGUUUUCACUUAUCUCAUCCACAUGGGUUUUUAAUCUUCAAUGGGGAGAACAAGUGAGACUAUUCCAACCAUGUAUACCUAGUUGAAAUCUUCCAAAGUUUGCUGACCACCCCUUACUCUCAUUUUUGAUCAAACUCUGUAGCGCUUAGUGGGUUCCAUCUACAUGCAUGAGCAGUUAAUUCUAGGAAACUUUCCUAGCCAUUAUCAUUGAUUGUCUGCUGAAAGACCCUCCACAUGCUGACAAGCCUUUUUGGUCGUCCUCUUGCCUCCAUAUCUUUUUCGAAGGAAUAUUUCAGGCUCAAUCCCUUAUUCAAUGCAAUCACACUGAUAUCUUCAAAAGCUUAUUGGAAAGAAUAUUAUCUAGGGAAAAUAUCUCCAUUGACCCUAUUUUCAACUUUCAUUUCUUCUUAAACCCAAAAUUUCAAAACCUAU